UCAGUUUCUGAACACUGCAAACAUGAAGGCCUUCAUCGUUUUGGUUGCCCUGGCUUGUGCCGCCCCAGCUUUCGCCCGCACCAUGGACCGUUGCUCCCUGGCCCGCGAGAUGUCCAACCUGGGCGUUCCCCGCGACCAGCUGGACAAGUGGACCUGCAUUGCCGAGCACGAGUCCUCCUACCGCACCGGAGUGGUGGGUCCCGAGAACUACAACGGCUCCAACGACUACGGCAUCUUCCAGAUCAACGACUACUACUGGUGCGCUCCUCCCAGUGGUCGCUUCUCCUACAAUGAGUGCGGUCUCAGCUGCAACGCCCUCCUGACCGACGACAUCACCCACUCCGUGAGGUGCGCCCAGAAGGUCCUCAGCCAGCAGGGAUGGUCCGCCUGGUCCACCUGGCACUACUGCAGCGGAUGGUUGCCGUCCAUCGAUGAGUGCUUCUAAACCGAUUUUGAAUAGAAUAAAAUGAUUGCAUAACACCA